AUGGAGCUGGGAGGACCUUACUACUCAGACCCUGCUUUCUCCGCUGUGAUUCAUGACAAACUCCAAGUCCCCAACACCAUCCGGAAGGCGUGGAACGACCGGGACAACCGCUGUGACGUUUGUGCGACGCACCUGAACCAGCUGAAGCAGGAGGCCAUCCAGAUGGUGCUAACCUUGGAGCAGGCAGCAGGCAGCGAACACUGUGAUGCCUCCCCUAGCUCCCCCCCAGCCCUCUCCAACAUCCCCGCCCUGGUGGGAACCCGGCACGUGGGUGGGCUCCAGCAGCCCCGGGACUGGGCCUUUGUGCCCGCCCCCUGCGCCACCUCCAACUACACAGGCGUUGUCACCAGUAAGCAUAGCAGCAAACCCAACAGCCUGGCUGUCAGCAAUGGGGCAGAGAAGAAGAGCGGGUCACCAACCCACCAGGCCAAAGUCAGUCUGCAGAUGGCCACCAGCCCCAGCAACGGGAACAUCCUCAACUCGGUGGCCUUCCAGGCUCACCAAUACCUCGAUGGCACAUGGUCCCUGUCAAGAGCCAAUGGGGUCACCCUGUACCCUUACCAGAUCUCCCAGCUGAUGACAGAGACUGGCCGAGAGGGGCUCACCGAAGCAGCGCUGAACCGCUACAAUGCAGACAAGCCCGCAGCCUGCAGCGUCCCGGCCUCUCGGGGCCCCUGCGUGGCCAGCGAGCCUUCUUCCACAGGCACCUCAGUGGCUGCUUCAUUCUUCGCCAGGUAA